AUGCCUAGAGGUUCCGGGACUGACGCCGAUGAAAGCGUCGCAAGCGGUUUGAUCGCGUACUGCGUCGUCCUCUUGGUCGUCGUCCUCGUUGUGGUCUCGUUGCGCUUCUACAUCCGCUUAAGGCUGCUUCGAAAGGCAGGAAACGAUGAUAUCGCCUUGGGAGUGACAGUGGCUGCGACCAUCGCGGACUGCAUCGGGGUCACUUACGCAACGCGCCUCGGCCUCGGCCGGCACAUCGACACGCUGUCCCUGGAGGAGCGGUCGCAUUUCCUGAAGCUCCUGUUCCUCUCAUCGAUAGGCUAUCAUGUCGUCGUCAUACUCGUCAAGACUACCUUCAUUCUCCAGUUCCGACGUGUCUUCCCUCUCCCGGCCUUCCAGCGGCUCUGUGAUGUCUUCUUGGUCUUCCUCGGCCUGUGGACGGUCGCCGGGAUCGUCGGAGGGACUCUCGUCUGCCUGCCCGUCUCCAAAAACUGGGAUCUUCGAGAGCCGAUCUGGACAUGCGAUGAGCGGUACUACUUCUGGAUGGCGCAGGGUGUAAUACACGUCGUCAGCGACGUCGCUAUCCUCGUCAUGCCACUCCCGCUAUUGAAGACGCUGCCGCUGCCGCCACCUCACAAAGUCGUCCUUGUGGGCGUAUUCUGCCUCGGCUUCUUGACAUGCGUCAUAUCGGCCCUUCGGCUGACUACCCUUCACGCGUCUCUUCAAGAGCGGGAUGUCACUUGGACAUCAGUGAAGACCGUAUUCUGGUCAGUCGGCGAGGUGGCAUGCUCGAUCGUAUGCCUCUGUAUACCCACUCUCCGUCCGCUCAUGGGGAGCUGCUGCUGCUCUCGCCGCCUGGGCGACACAAUUGUCGUGGAGCGCGGGACAAGGAGGUUCGGAUUCUACGCGGUCAGCUUGCCUGGCUCAGUUGAUCCUCCCGCGACUUCCCCACCGCCGCGGACAAAAUCCCAGAACCGCAUAACUGGAAACAGCAGGGAUCCGUGA